CCAAAAUGUCCCUUUACCUGAAUUCAAUGAACUGUAAGUGAUUUUCAAAUAUCCUGCUCAUUAAACCUUUGUGGUGCAUUUUUAAGCUUUAUGUGUCGCACUUAAAAUAAAACCUAACACGCAGCCUAAUAUGUUAUCUAGUUGCAACACGUGUGUAACACCCUUAGCGACACACAUACACACACAUUCGGACACUGAACGAAGCUAUGGAGAAACGGUGUCAAAGAUAAAUGCGGAGCAGUUAUGAAGAAUCUACAAACUUUAACUUUGCUGCCAACUUUGGCUCUGGCACGUUUUUUCAUCAGUAUAAGUGGAUCGCUCUCUCCUCGGCCGGUUCUGACUGGUCCUGACAUGGCUUACCUCGGCUCGAGGGUGACUUUCCGCUGUAUUGCACCUAACUCCUCUCUGCCAGUCACCUAUGAGCUGAUUAGGAAUGGGUACGCUUUAAUCGCCACAGUCGCUGAUCUCCAAGGGGACCAAACGGCCUCAUUCAAAGUCGCUCCAACGUUGGAGGGGUUAUACCACUGCAAGGCGACGACACAAGGAAGCACAGGAGUCAGCAACAACAUCAAGCUGACUGUAGUCACUCCAGCAUCAAACACCAGAGUGACUUCUGAGCCCUUCCCCCCAGUGGCAUACGAGGGGUCACGCAUUGAACUGAGCUGCAGCGUCGCAAAGGGUUCCCACCUUUUCUACACCUGGUUUUUCAACAGGACGGAAGUGACAUCAUUAACCUCUCCCCUGCUUCUCCUCACUGGGAACAAGCUGGUGAUGGGGAAGGUGGCUCCAGAGCAUGCUGGGUACUAUUCUUGCAUGGCUUGGUCCAGGGUGCAGGACACUAUAGUUUCCAGCAGCUCAGAGGUCCAGGUGACAGUCAAAGUCUACGUUUCAAAACCAAGAAUCUCUUUCUCCAUCUCCAAAGAGGGAGCCAGCCACCGUGGCAACGUGACGUGCUGGUCAACAGGAGGGAGUCCUCCGGUCAACAUCUCUCUUUCAGUAGAUGACACAGAAGUGGGAUUUGUCACAGUUGCUCAAUCCCUCGCUGCCUGGUUCCCUGUCCCCAUGGUACCCGGGCAGGACGUGGCCGUCGCUCGAUGUCGGGUGAAGACUGAGGUGCAGGAGUUGAUGAGUGAGCCUGUGACUCUGGAAAUGGUGCCAGUCGGAGGUGAUGUGAAAGUGGAAGUUGAAUAUCUCUACAGUGCUGACUCCAAACUGACUGCUGCCAAGCUGAGCUGCCAAGUCAGCAGAGGAACCUUCCCUUACAUCUAUUGGCUCUUGAACAACUCUGGCCUUCCCACUGAGACGGAUGUGGACUCCCAUAUUCAGCCCGUCCUGUAUCACGGUGCCCUAACUGACGGUAGACGGACCCUGGUUCUGGCCAAGCUUGGCCCAGAGGAGUCUGGGUAUUACCGCUGCAGGGCCAGGGACAGCUACAAUGACUCCGGGCCCUGGGUGGAGAGUGCAGCCGUGCUGGUCCGAGUCACAGGAUCCUUAACUCCUUGCCUCCAGCAACAUCCUCCACUGAAACACCACCAAGUAAAAAGCACAUAUCAUAUAUAUUUGAAUGCCUUAAAUCCUGCCUCUACAGUACGUAAUGCUUCAUUUGCUUUGUCCCUUCUCUUCCACAGAGGUUUUCCUGAACACCAUAGAUGUCCUCACCAUAGUGUUCUGCUGCUUCCUCUUUCUGAUGUUAGCAGUGGGUGUAGGCUGUGUGUACAAGAUGUUUGACCACAAGCAAGCUCGUGCCCACGUUGCUACAACAAAGUAAGCUUUGUCUUGAUGGACCUCAGAAAGUUAAUUGGUCUGUUACUCAAAUCAACCUGUUCAACCAAUGUUUGUGCCUUCCUAUCCCAGUUCUGAUGCACUUCCUCUAUCUGCACCCACAUCCCAGUCAGGGAUGUGACUGGGAUCGACAGACUUUGAUGGUCAGAAUCAGAUAUACAGGCGUGCGCAACACCUCAUAUAAACGCAAUGAUUUAGAAUCAGUGAUAUAGUCCCUUAGUCUCUUAUCAUUUAUUAAAAUGAACUGAUAUGUAACUGUAAAUUUGCUGGGAAAGACUAUGUCAUUUUAAAAUUAACCAUCACCCCCGUACUCCGAUCUCUCCACUGGCUCCCUGUAGCAUUUAGGAUCCACUUUAAAAUUCUCACCCUCACUUACAGAGCACUACACGUCCAGGCUGCUACAUAUGUCACUGAAUUACUUCACCCUUAUUCACCCGCCCGCGCUCUCAGGUCAAACAUGUUAGGUUAUCUGUCUGUCCCACGCACGCGCUUUAAGACCCGUGGUGACCGAGCUUUUGAGGCAGUAGCACCAAGGUUGUGGAAUUCUCUGCCUGCACCCCUACGCUUCACAGAUUCUGUGAAUUCAUUACAGAAUCAGAUCAAGAAGCACCUGUUUAGACUGGCAUUUGACUAAAAACUCAUGUCCUAGGCCUGUUAUUAAACCAUGUUUUAAUUUUGUACUGUAUGUAAAUUGUUGGCCCUUAUAUGGUCACAUUGUGUUGUUUAUGUUUGUAAUUCUGCUCUUGUUAAACACUUUGUGACUUGUCUGUCAAAAGCGCUUUAUAAAUAAAUCUUACUUACUUACUUACUUAAUUUGGUUCAAAAUAUAGGAAAAAUAGACACAAUAUGUAAUUGGUACACUUUCAGUUGAAAAGGUUUGCAUUUUCCCAAAAAGAAUCCCGUUAACUUCCUCAAACGUUUUCUGGAAAGAGCUACGUAGCCCUGCAGUGCACAGCAACUUUACUGAUUAUCUCUGUAUGCUGGAAUGAAGUGAUUGUGAAUGUGACUGUCAACUGAUGUUUUGUUGUUGGUCUUCUUUUUUCAAUUAAACCAAUGAAAUAAAUUAUCCUUUAUUACACCUUCA